AUGGCGGACAAAUCUGCAUAUAUGUCAGCUGGUGGAUACUCAUCCGGAUAUAUGGGAAGCAACGCAUCAUCAUCCGGUUAUGCUCGUGAAGAUUAUGCGCAAGGUGGACAAAGCGGCGCUGGACAAACGUCGGGUGGCAACACCAAUCCUGGAGCUCAAGUCUUCAAGGCCAGAACUGAUCAAUCGUGUUAUAUGGGACCACCAUAA